UCGUAUGAGAUCAUUGAGAUGUCUUAAUCGGAAUCAAGAGAUUAGCGUUGUCGGUGUGCGCGGACUAAAUAGAAAAGAAAGAAAAAAGAAAAGGAGAGUUGUCGCCCUAGUAAGCGUCUGUGGUGGUUGGCCGCCGUUCACCAAGUGGUACAGGUACUUGAUUUGAUUGCAUGACGAGUUGAGAAGAUGGAAGGCGAUGCUGGAUUGUCGACAGAGAAUGCGAAAGAAGCGCAGCAGCAGGGGGCGUCCUACACUUAUUGGGUGAGGCAGGUGACGGAGGAAGCGGCACCUCCCCCGGUUCCCAGAAAGCUCUCAUCUCAGGAUAUUCUCUCCUCCCAAUCUCAGCCUGCCACCCUUGGAUCUCUCUGGAAUCGAGCCGGAACUUGGGAGGAGAAGAAUGUCAAUAAAUGGGCGACGGACAGAAUAAAGGAGUUGCUUGUAUCAGUGGGUUCCGUGGAGUUCCCAGGUGGCAAUGCAGAAAUAUCAGAUGUCUCAAAAUGCGUAGGGGAUGCAUUCUUGGUGACUGUGCGAAACAAGAAGCGCGUUGGCUACACCUAUGAACUAACCCUGAAAUUCAAAGGGGAAUGGAUCAUCGGAGAGGAGAAAAAGAUGGUCAAGGGCCAGAUAGACAUCCCAGAGUUUUCUUUUGGUGAGCUAGAUGACUUACAGAUGGAAGUGAGGUUGGGUGAAACGAAGGAUCUUCUGCAUCAAGAUAAGUUGCAAAUUAGCCAAAAUUUGAAGCUGUUUUUGCAGCCUGUUCGUGAGAAAUUACUUCAAUUUGAACAGGAACUAAAAGACAGAUAGAACUGGGAUAGCUUCAAUUUGGUCAAAAAAAAGUUGCGAAGGCUUUAUUAUAUUUGACACAAAUUUUAUUCUGCGUUCAUUUGUUAACACUCUUUCCAAUGCAUGUAAUGGAAAGUGGGGGAUGUUGGCAAAUCCUUCCCAUAAUGUUUAGAACUUAUUCGAGACAAGUGUAGACAGUGAUACAUGUAUUCUGUUCAGUGGCAUGAAUUUUAAAUUUGUGAUGAGCUAUCCGCUAGGAUAUGCAGUAAUGAUCAUCUGUAGAACGGUAGAAGCCUGUCUCGAUAUGCGGCAGUUGUACAAUAUCGGAUUUUGGAUUUCAAUUAUGGACACAAAAAACAUC